CGAAAGCGUUUCUGUAGCUUUCGAUAUUUCGCCUUCCCAAGCUUCGCAAAUUCCUGUACAACUUCUGAGAUGGCGUGGCCAUAUCCAUGAAGUCGUUUGCCACUUUUGGUCUAAAAUUUAGUAACGAGUAAGUAGUCUUUAGUGGGGCAGGCAACCACAUUCUCUUGGACACAAUACACCUCCGAAGUCUAUCAAAUCUUGUCUUUUGAAGAUCUCCUUACGACUAUCCACUCGAGCUUCGAUGCAUUCUUCUGUAAGAUUGCAGAUAUCUUCGACACAUCAUACAAACGAUCCUCCCAGAGCCGAGCUCGGACAUCGCCGCAGCAAUGGCGACACAGAGUGAAGAGAAUCAACCAACCUUGGUCGAAAUCCGCAGCACUGGAGAUAUAUUGCUGGAUGUCCAUUUCAAGAAUACGUCGGAAUGCACGAAGUCCAUCCCAAAAGAUGCUUUGCGAAGCCUGCGAACCAGGAAACUACCUAUACCUUCUCCACGGAUUCUAUACCGAGUCCGACUCGAUACUCUGAAGAAACACUCGGAGUACUUCCGAAUCAUGCUGAAACCUCAAUUCGCAGAAGGCCUCGCUGUUGAGAAAGCUUUGAAGGAUCUCGCGGAUGCGAGUCAGGUUGCGUCGGAACUUGAGCCAGAGAAGUUGCCACGAGUGAGCAUCAUAGAUGAAGAUACAGCUACAAAGACCUUUGGAAGAGAAGCGGUGUUCCGGGACAUGCUUCGGAUCAUCCAUGGUGCUGAUCCAAUCACAUCUCCGAUCACAACCCAGUUCCUUACUGUACUUGUCCUCAUGGCAGAUCACUAUAAUGUUACAUCCACAGUCUCUCGUCAUAUGCAGAAAGUUCUUGUUGCUCACAAGUAUCCCAUUACUUUGGAUAAGAAUGGAGAAGAGAUUUUGAGGCAAAGGGUUCUUAUACAAUUUCACACAGACCAGGGGAUUCGAUUUGCCAACUCAACCAAAGACUUGAUCUUGAAAGGCUCUACGAGGUGGACCGGGAUGGAAGAUUUGAGAACGCACGAAUACCAAGCUUCGUGGUGGGAUCUCCCAUCAGGACUGGAAGCUGAACUAACAUACCGCCGAACAUGUGUUCUUCGAACAAUUGCUUCUAUCCAAACUCAAUACCUAAUAAUUUACAGUUCCAAGGAGCGACAGUGUAAACUUGGUUAUGAUUCAAGUGCGAGUUGUGACUCUUUCCAACUGGGCGAGAUGGUCAAGUUCCUUACCAGAAAGGGUCUUCUGUCGUUGGUGCCCUUUCAAGCCGUCUCACCAGAAGAUCCAGAGUACAUCUGGCCAGAAGCAUACUCUGGUGAUAUCGAAUACUUGAUUGGUGUUCUCCGACAAUGUCCUUCCUAUCAGAUCGACCACAAUCAUGGCCACUGCGGAUUACGAACCAGGCUUUUGCCAGCACUGGAUUAUAUCAAGAGCUGCAUCGACACAGGCCUCGGCAUCAAACUCAAUCGCUCUAAAACAGGACCGGCCUUUGAGUCGUGGAUCCCAUCCACUUCCGUACCUAGAAAGAAAUCAUUCUGGGUCAGUGGCAAGGAUGGCGAGGAUGUUGAUGUCGGCGGCUAUAAAGCAAAGGAGUUUGAAUUCGUGCCAUCUAGAUCAAAGACAACACUUGGUGGAGGUGGUAGAAGUGUAGAGCGAACGCCGAAAGGAUUGUUCACUGCUGAGAAAUGGAAUUGGGUCAAUGAGCCCGAGACACCUAUGAUGAGAACAGGUCCUACUCUUGAUCUUGGCAGACGGUAGGGGCGUGGAAGUGGCGGGUACUCAGUGACACAUGUACUAUAAUGUCGCUAGUCGAGCCAAACAAGGGGCAAGCGAGAUUCACCCCAAGUCAGAAGCGUGAUGGUGGAAUUUUUCUAGCUAUGCACGAUAGAAGCGUGGAUUGAAGGGUCCAUCUGAGCUUGGAUGUCUGAUCGCUUUGUAAUGACAUAAUGGCAUUCGAAUAUGUGCCUUACUGCAUCAAAUCAACAGAAUUAAACAGAAACGAUGACCCGCA